AUGCCGGCUGAGAAAAUUACACAUUGUGGAAGUGACCGCAAAAUCGAAGAGCACAGUUUGCAAGCAGGUAUGGAACAUACAGAUACAGUUAAUAAAGACAACAGUACUACUGUGACGUUCCACUCUAAUACUGAUGUCAAUUCUGGGAAUUAUGUUACUGAUUUUGAUAAUAGAGUUGAAUGUUCAUUUUGCUGUGGCGAAAAUGCAGAGUCCGAAUCUGGUCAGCGGUCUUGUCAACAUUGGACUCAGGUGCGUCCAUCUAACACAAGGCAAGCACAAAAAAAGAAACUCAGAGGAAUUCAAAACGGCCAUCAUGAUCCUUCUCGUUAUACCAAUAGUCGAAAUACAAAAGAAAAUACAGAUAUACAACGUCCCACCGUUAACGGUAAUUCAAUUGAUGGACUAAGUAUGCGUAAUCCAAGUGAGACUAAUACUUCAAAUGCAGCGGCUUCACGCUUUAAAUAUGAUAGACCUUUGCAUUCAAGCAACAAAAAUGCACCAACAUCCAACACAGAACAGACUAAACCUGUAGCAUCUAAUUCAUCUUCUCCAGCCCCAUCUGUUUCUUCAGAUCUCCCAAAUGGACAUGACUUUAAUGAUAAUAGGACAUUCCCUCGAUAUGCGCAUAAAUCGUCACGUUCAUUUAGAUCAUCUACUCAAGCCAACGAGUCAGACGAUCUCAACAGUCAGCGUUCAAAUGCUUCACCUGUUACUGUUGGUGGAGCUAACACGAGAACCCGGGCUUCAGUGAGUCGAUAUAAUGUAAAUAUGUCGCCCCAGUCUGGGGUAAUCCCUACUGCAUACCAAAAUGGUCCUUUUGAUCAAUGGCGACGUCCUACUAAUAAUGGCAGUUUACGAAGGUCACAUCAACAGCAUUUCGUACCUCGUAAUACCAGUCAGUUUCACCGUUAUAAUGGACCGGCAACUCACCCUGGUCGACCUCAUCAGAACAAUUUCUCACGGAAUCGCACUUCAGGCUCUGGAAUGGGAGAUUCACCUCCCGUACAAGCAAACGACUCACCUAAUCCCGUUCUUAAUGAAUAUAAUCCACAACCUGAUUCAGUCCGAGAAGAUUUAAAAAAACCACAGACUUCUUGGGCAACUGUUGCAGUGGGUGUCCAAUGUGAACAGAAACUCUAUACAUCUAAAGAUAAUUCACGAGACCAACUAGUUAGUUUCCUGCUGGAACAAUGGCGCCGUUUUGAUCGAAAAUCGACCUAA